AUGAGACGAAAGGUGGUCCGUCUGAGCCUGGCAUUCUGCUCCAGUGGGACAAACUUUACUUCCCUGCUGGCUGUGGCAAAUUCAAGAACGGCGCCGUUCCUAACGUACCCUAUUUCAUCGUGGAUGAACUCAACCGGCUCCUCGAUUAUCAUUCCACCACUGAAGGGUGAGGCACAGAAGAGUUAUUCAAUUUCCACGCAGGGACCGAAGGGUCUGUUCAAUACGGGCGAAGGACACACUUACGAGGGACCUGGCGAUCAAGCUCCGUCCUCCCAUUCGGUGGCAGCCCUCAGACCAGGAAACGCAGGCGGCAAUGAUGGAAGGUACACACCUGAUAAUAGGCCCUACGAUCAUAUUGUGGGCCCCCAAGGCGGCCAGGGUGGCUUUGGCCCUAAUGGAGGACCGUUUGGUCCGAACGGAGGCUUCGGUCCAAACGGCGGACCAAACGGUCCUAAUGGAGGUUUUGGCCCCAAUGGAGGAUUUGGACCAAACGGACCUAAAGGUCCUAACGGCCCCAACGGCCCAGCAGGUCCUGCAGGUCCAAAAGGUCCCAACGGGCCACCUGGCCCCAAGGGACCGCCUGGACCACCCGGACCACCGGGACCUUUCGGCGUGGGACCGGGAGCCCCAGGAAAACCGGUAUAUAGGGAAGGCGAUCGCACUAACGAAGGGGCUGGCAACAACAUUGGCGGUGGAGAUGCCUACGGCCAAGGUGGCGGUUCCGGCGUCGGUGACGGUGACAGAUACCGCACUGGCGAUGGGGGCGGUCGCGGCGAUGGUGGUAAAUACCGUCCCGGCACUGGCUCCCGACCCGGUGACGGUGAUGCUCAUCUGGUCGGCAGUGGUUCCGGUCCAGGUCGUCCUGGCAUUUAUCGUCCCGGCCAAGGUAGCGGUGUUGGUGAUGGUGAUGCUACCGGACCCGGACCUCUGGGCGGUGGCGAUAGAAUCCGUACUGGUGAUGGUGGCAAUAUCUUUGAUGGUAAUGACCACCAUCCAGGUGGCGGUGGUGCCUAUCGCCCAGGCGGCCCAAAGGGACCCCCCGGCCCACCCGGACCACCAGGACCACCCGGACCUAAUGGACCCGAUCGUCCAGGACCUAAAGGACCUUUUGGCCCACCAGGACCUCCCGGACCACCCGGUCCCACACGUCCAGGCCCACCCGGACCUCCCGGACCACCCGGACCUCAACGUCCAGGCCCACCAGGACCACCCGGCCCACGUCCACCAUACAAGCCAGAUGAUCCCAGAUAUUCAAACAAGGAUCCUGAAACUUACCUGCCGCCAGUUAAGGGUAAUGUCGUCCCCCAACCACCAUCAUCCUCACAAGUCACUCAGCCGAGCUUUAAGCCGCCAACUUUCAAACCAAAUUACGAACCUAACGAUAAUUUUGUGAUUAAGAAAGUGCCAACAACUAAACCACCACUAACCUAUAUUCCUCCUUCUUCCCCAACUACCGUUCCUAUCCACGUUCCUGCGAAUCCCACACCACGACCACCAACCAAAAUAAUUACCACGACUCAACCAAAGGCCCCGGCUAUCACUAUUAAUACGGAAAGACCAGUAAAAGGCAUUACAAAAGUACCAACGGGUAAUAUAAUUACACCUAAGACACCCACACAAGCACCCACACGCAGACCAACACCAGCAUCGACACCGACAUCGACGCCCACACCAUACAAACCAAUACAGCCACAACCGCCACGCUUUGUCAACAAUCCAAAGCCGGUGCCCGUGGUACCGAUCGAACCAAUACGACCAACGAUCAGUGUGCCGACAUAUAACCCAUCGACACCCAGGCCAUUUGAGCCAGCACCGACAAACAGACCGACUGCCCGACCACCCAUUUACAUUGAACCGAAGCCGGUGAAACCGGUUUACGUUGACCGAACGCCAAUUACCAACAAGAAUGUAACUCCACGUCCCUCUCCCCCAUUACAUGUAACGUCGAAACCGCCAAGCAGCGAAACCUGCGUUUGUAAUGCCGAUAAGCCGCACUCUUCAAUACCAACCUAUACCUCCUCCACAUCCUAUCCCAACUCGAAUCCGGCCUCGGUCGACUUUAACAAACAAUUCACCGGCUUCAAUGGAAACCCGAAUUUCGGAAGCAUAAUGAACGCCAUGUCACUAACCCAACUGCCCGUCGUGCCACAGGCACCUGGCCUGCCGGCCUUCUAUCCACCCGACAAGAUUCCUAAGGGUGCUGUGAUCGCCUUCAUGCCCGUGGUCAUAUUGCCAGCGGAGUACUACGCCAAUUGUGAUGACAAUUCGAUUCACACGCCAAACAAAUAUCAAACUGUUGAUCCAUUCCCACUGGGUGUCCAGCCAGCCAAGAUACCGAACAGCUUCAGCGUGCACUCAAUUUUCUCGGGCGCUGGGCCAAAGGAUCAAUGCAUGUGCCCAUGUUCCUGCACCCAGAAUCUGGAUAAAUACCACAAGAAACGCGAGGCUAAUCCAGCGGACGCGCCCGAGGUGACAGCGACUGUUGAGGAGAACGUCAAGCCAGUGGAACUUGUUGCUGAGGCUUCCACGCCUGUAGAAGUCAAAGCUGAGGCACCAGUUGCCGAGGCUUCCGCACCAGCUGAAACCAAGGUUGAGGCACCCGUUGCUGAGGCAUCCACACCAGCUGAAGUGAAGGUUGAGGCACCCGUUGCUGAGGCAUCUACGCCAACUGAAGUCAAAGCUGAGGCACCAGUAGCCGAGGCAUCCACGCCUGUGGAAGUCAAGGCUGAGGCACCCGUUGCUGAAGUCUCCACGCCUGUAGAAGUCAAGGUUGAGGCACCCGUUGCUGAGGCAUCCACGCCUGUGGAAGUCAAGGCUGACGCACCCGUUGCUGAGGCAUCCACGCCUGUAGAAGUCAAGGUUGAGGCACCCGUUGCAGCUGAAACCAAGGUGGAGCCUGUGGCAGAUCGACAACGAACUAGACACACUACAAUUGACGUCUGAACGUCUCUGAAACUACCCUCAAUUGAUCCCAGUUCCCGCCUACCUCCCGUUCCCAGCACCGCCUGUAACCUCUGCACUUCUCCCGCAAUCCGCAGUACCUCGACUAAUCCCAAUUGGCCAGUUAACCAGCGUAGUCUAAGUGUUUUUAUUAACGAGAUAAUACUCUCAGCCAGUAAAGGUUCAACAAAAAAAAAAAAAAAUGUAAGAAAAAACAUAAAAAAGAACUAAAACACAAAAAAGAAAAUAAUAGGAAAAGAGAAGGAAUCAAGUGCCCAUUGAAUGUGUUCAUCUAACUUGCUUUAAA